AUGGUGGUAAAAAGUAAGAAGAAGGUUAACCAUGUGAAACAUCUACGAGACGUAUUUGAUAUGUUGAGGCAGUAUGGAAUGAAGCUCAAUCCAACCAAGUGCUCAUUCGGUGUAAGUUUUGGCCAAUUCUUGGGGCACGUGGUUAAUCUUAGAGGCAUCGAAACAAGCCCUGCCCAAGCAGAAGCUCUGACUAAGAAUGCCGAGCCGAUGACAGUCAAAGAAGUGCAAACACUUACGGGACGGAUCGCUGCAAACCUUCCGGUCCUGUCAGCUCCAGAACCGGGGGAAAAGCUAUUUUUAUAUCUCGGAGUAUCCAGCAUCGCGACAAUUGGUGUUUUGAUCCGCUAUGCAGAAGGGAAGCAAUAUCCAGUGUUCUACGUUAGCAAGACAAUGACAAAGGCCGAAAGGCGUUAUUCAAAGGCAGAGUGGGCGAUACUCUCGCAAAAUAAUCUUGCACAAACCAGAUCUCUCAAGAAGAAUGACGAAGUGGGCAUAGAGUUAAGCUCAUUUGAUAUCACAUAUGAACCAAGAACAGCAGUCAAAGGGCAAGCGGUGGCAGAUUUUUUACUAAAAUAUGAUUCAGAGGACAUGGAGGAAGACCUUCGUGGUUGCUUAUGGAAACUCUUCGUCAAUGGAUCCUCAAAUCAGAUGGGUGCAGGCAUUGGGAUCAAACUACAGACGCCGGAAUCUACAUCCUUAAGUCAAGCGCUUCGGCUUGAAUUCGGAGCCACGAACAAUGAGGCGGAGUAUGAAGCACUGCUAGCAGGAAUUAAGCUUGCCAAUGAGCUGAAGGUCAGGAGUUUGACUGUUUUUAGUGACUCGCAGUUAAUUGUUCGACAGGUGAAUGACAAGUAUAAAACCAAGGAUGAAACGAUGGAAGUAUAUCAUUCUGCUGUUAUGCGGGAGGCCAAAAACUUUGAAAAAAUUGAAUUCAUUCAAAUUCCAAAGGAGCAUAAUGAGGAUGCCGAUCGGCUAGCAUGUAGUGCCUCGGGUUCUGGAGAAACAUUAGCAAGGGUGAUUCCAGUAGGAAUAUUAAACCAGCCAUCCAUUUUCAAAGAACCUUCGGGCUCAGAUCCUUGGCAAGUGAAUGUUAUUCCAUAUGAGCCAAGCUAG